CCGGCUUGGUAAACAAUUAAUGCAAACAAAACAGUAAUUUUCUGCUCAGUAUUCGUGCCGAUCGUGAAAUAUAUUGACCAUAGUAUUAUUUCAAAAAAGAAAAAAAAUGCGUGUAAUAUGUUCUGUUAUUUUGUCCUGCAUUUCAUUGUGGAUUUCAUCUAUUGAAGCUGCUCGAUGGACAGAGUGGAAAAAUUUAACAACAUGUAGCGCCAAGCCCUGUAACUGUCAUGUUCCAAAAUCAGGACAAAAGAGAAAAUGCGAACAGGGAGAAAUAAUAAUGUUGCGAUUUUGCAUCCAUGAGGAAGGAGAUACGCAGGGUUGUCUAUGGGACAAAGGAGUUGGAGCCAUGAAGAAAGAGAAAUGCAUGAAUGAUGGUACAAAUUGCCCAGGGUGGUCCGACUGGCAGCUUGGAAAGUGUGACUGUGAAUCCAAUAUUAGACUUAUUCAACGAGAGUGUAACAACCCCCCACCUAUACACAAUGACGUUCUUUGUAAAAGUGACGCUCGAGAUGAAGUGAUGCAUGAAGAACAAACACGUGUCUGCAAUUGCACUGAAGAAGAAAUGGCUACAACGCCUACAACAACAACUUCAACAACAACAACAACAACGGGGGCAUCGACAACGCCUCUUCCGUGUUGUAAGGAAGAAAGCUACGAAGAUUAUGAUAACGGCGCAACUAAUUCUCGUUUCGAAGGAUGUGGAACAAAAGCAACAACAACAAAAAAGCCGUCUCAAGUUGACCUCGACUACUAUGAUAUGUAUGAUAAACUGUUUGAGGAGAAUCCUAAUUGUCGAAAGUGUAGUUCAGCAGAAAUAGAAGCCGAAAGAGGUAACGCUGACAGUGGAGAUGACGUAGAUUACGAUUACGAUUACGCAAACGGUGACUUGGGAGACGGAGAAAGUGACUUUGGAGAUUGUUGAGACGACAAUGAAGACGAUGGAGACGGCGGACAGUGAUAAUGAGGAUGAAGCCGUCUUAAUUAGGACUCCAGAUUAAUUACGAUGGCAUGUCAUGACUGACAUUGACAAAUAGGAACAGUUCAUAAAAUGUAAAGAUAGUGAAUAUUUUAACAGUAAACUAUAAUCACACUUAAUGUCAUAUAUGGACUUGUCAAUUGACAAAACUAUUCACCAGUUUAGAGAAAAACUUUAUGCCCGCUUAUUUUGGUCUGAGUUGAUCACUUGGAAACAAAAAUCAAAUCAUUUUAAUUGUGGUAUCUGAUUGGAAAAAUAAAGAUAUCGAAAAUACUGUAAUAAUAAAAAAAUAAAUUUGCAUAAGAUAUAAA